CUUUGUCACAAGAAUAUACUUCCCUGCCUCUCUAGACAAAUACAACCUUGAUCAUGAAUGUGGGCAACCCAUUCCUAAUUAAAUUCCUGAUUAUCUUAUUCAGCUUGAAAGGUUCCGUGUCCACAAUCCAUGGUCGUUUGGGAAGCCAAAUUAUUCUUUCUGCACUCAGUCACAGUGGUGAGCCACAUUUUAUACAGUGGACUAAGGGCUCUACACUGAUUGCAGAAUGUCUUGUAAACAGUAAUAAUUCAAAAGCAGAACAAAAGGAAUACCAUGCAUUUUGUAAUGGAAGCCUGAAAAUAAAUACAUUGAAAAAAAAGGAUGCUGGAAAUUACGAAGUGGAAAUAUUUGAUAAAGGCGGCAAACGUCUACAUCAUGAAAUAAUUACUUUGCAAGUUGAUGAACUCUUGCUUCAACCAAAACUCAUUGAGCUUUGCUCCAAAAGAAUACUGAAAUGUGAGGUGAAAUCUUCUGAAAAACCAAAACCCAGAUUUAAAUUGUUUCAAAAUACGCAAGAAACUGAAACUUUUCAAGGACCAGUAUAUGACAAUGCGACAUGGAAGGUGACAUUGCAAUUAAAAGUCCUUUCUGGAAAAUUCAGAUGUGAGAUUGAAGUUAAUUCUGAGAAGAAUCAUACUGAGAAAGAAAUAACAUGUGCAGGACAAGAUUUUCCUCAUUCAAUACCUAUGUUCCUCAUCCUGGCAAUCACAGGAGGUGUAGUCACACUGAUUGUCUUUAUGGCUCUGAUUAUUUAUUGCAUCAGAAAGAAGAAAGCAAAAAGACGUGAACGGGAAGCUCAGGAGCAUGCCUUACAAGUCCAGAUUGAAAGUCACAUGCAACAAAGGAAACUUCCUCAGAUUCCUGCUUAUUCUGACUCUAAUCCACCAGCUCAGAAAAGCAGGUUGCCACCACCUUGUUCAGAACUGCAACAACAGAAUGGUCCCCUCCCGCCCAAAUCAUGCCCUCAUCCGAAACCACCCCGCCGCAUGAAAGAAAGACCUUAGGUGUUGCUGUUUUGCACACUUACUACAGAGGAAAUGCUCACACUCCCCAUAUUUGUAUUGUGAUUUCUGUGAAGUCACUGUGCUGCAGUACAGAGCCAGCCAAUUCUAAGAAGGCUUAAAGUGUGGCUCUUGGCAAACAGAUUAGUUAAGAGACAAAACUAGAAAACCAGAAGUUUCAGAAUGACUUAUCCUGCGUACAAAGCCAUAUAGGACUUCAAGACUAGAGAGGCCUUGGCUGAUUCUAAUGAUAGUAUGACUGCCAUUUCCUUGAAGCAAUUUAAACAUUUUCUUGUAUGCCUAUUGUUUUAUAUUUCAUUCCUAAUCAUUUUGAUACAAGUUAAAGGUUUUGCACUAUAGUUUUGUGGUUUUUUAUAUUUUUGUAAUACAUACCCACAGAGAAUUAUAUUUAAAGCAAUAAAGAGAAGAAGAUUGA